AUGCCUGGUCAGCGGUUUACCAAGCUCUACCUUCUUGGUUACAUGCAAAUAGCCCCUACUCUCGCCAGCAUCCAAUGGUCACCAUGCACAUCAAAUCCAUCCCUAGAUUGCGCCACCCUCACAGUGCCGCUCGAGUACGCUGACCCAGGCAAUGGGGCAUUGGCGCACAUUCCACUGACUCGCUUCAAUGCUACCGUCCCUAAAUCCCAGCGCAAAGGCUCUCUUCUCACAAACCCAGGCGGUCCUGGGUCGGCCGGGACCGAUUUCCUUUUGAACGGCGCCGGAGAGGGUAUUUCUAACAUCACAGGCGGCUUCUACGACAUAGUGUCUUGGGAUCCACGCGGGACGGGUUCUGCACGGCCUCUGCUGCAAUGCUUCGACACGGCAGGCGAGGAAUCUGACGCAUCUGCCGCGGUUCCCGCAGCGGCCGAGAUAGAAUAUAGUCAAUUUCGCAAUCAAAGCUACAUGCCCGCGUAUUAUGCAGCACUAAAGGACUAUGAUGAUGCCGUUGGGGAGCUUGCCGACGCAUGUGUCGACCAUAAUUCCAGCGCAUUAUACACCUCCAGCACAGCAUAUGUCGUCCGUGAUAUGGCUGCUAUUGUCGAUGCCCUAGAAGGAAUAGACAAUGCGACCCUCAACUACUGGGGCUUCUCAUAUGGAACUAUACUCGGUGCCGAGUUUAUCCAGACUUACCCAGAAAGAGUGGGGAAGAUUAUCUUUGACGGCGUCUUCGAUUCUGCCGCCAAUGCGAAACAAUAUACUAGUCAGCUUCCCUACGAUCAGUUAUAUGUGCGAGACGCGAUCAACGAUCUGGUUACAGCCUGCACGCAAGCUGGCAUCGAUGGUUGUGCUUUGAAUAAGACUCCCAACAACCACACGACUCCCGGAAACCGCACUACAGACCUGGCCACGCGACUCGCCAAUCUACAAGCAUCACUAUAUAAAAACCCUAUUGAGGUAUCAGACGGGUCGUUCUCGAUCACAGUGGGCAUGUUCAGCUUUUUCAUGUCUUCCUACCUGAGACUACCAAGCUCAUGGCCCGCUGUCGCGUCAGCACUGAGCGCGCUUGAGGAAGGAGAUGCCGACCCUGUGGCCAACCUCCUGGGGGUUGCAGCAGCUCCCGAAGUAAACGCCAGUGCGCCUGACACGGGGUCUUUCGCUGGAUGGCCUAUCCAAUGCACCGACAACGCCCCUUCCAACCAGACCACCUUACCUGAAGUUGCAAGCUUAGUCCUCAACAUCUCUCUCACCGAGCAGACCCCGUGGCUGAACGCGGAUCUGUCCACCACUUCCUUCUGCCGAAACUUCCCUAACACCCGGCCAAGAGUGCCAAACCUAGGGGCCUCGAAGCUCCUCAAUAACGAGACAAAUGCCAUCCUCACCAAGCAGAAUACUUCUGUUUUGAUUGUCAAUCCGCUCCAUGACACCACUACUCCUGUAAACUCAGCGGUGCGCUUACACCGCUGGCUUCCCACUUCAUCUCAGCUGGCGGUGAGACGUGGACCUGGCCACACUACAAUCACUCUUGGCUCUUUAGGGCUGUUAAAUACAAUCCGCGAGUAUUUCCUUGAUGGGACUCUGCCAACUACGACGGAGGUGUACGACGUGAGUCAAAAACUCUUUUCCCCGGAGAUCGACACGGAUUCAAUCACCCCUGCGCCUGUCUUUAAUGGGACAUAUAGCAACUCUGAGCGGAUGUUGUUGGAGUCUAACUAUAAUGUUUACUUGGCGUUUGUGAGCUUGCCAUAG